CCGGCUCACAGGAUUGGCCCUUUCGAUGUCGGCAUGGCCGUCCGGGUUGGCUCCGCGCGGCGAAGCUGGAGGUUUUUGAUUUGCCUCGCGGGGGGAUUACUCUUCGUGAACGCAUUACUUUCAUUACUUCCCAGCUUCGCACUCCCGAGCGCACUGGCAGAUGGACACAGAUCGCUUGUGGAUUUCAAGACUCCGGAGACAGAUCGCUACCGUCCCAUUACCAUCUUCAACCUCGAGGAAGUCGCGAAGAGAUUUCCCAGGUUGGCUGAAUGUCUGGAUGACAUUCGUUUAUCCUCCUUGGUAUUUCCCUUCAAGGUUAGCCCUUACGUCUUGGAGGAAUUGAUCGAUUGGCAGAGGGAGGGAUCCAUUCGAGACGACCCCUUCUACCGUUCCCUGGCGCGUUUUCAUGGGAUGAGGAUCAUGGUAUUUUGA